AUGAACAGUAUAUUAUAUAUUUAUAUUGACUCUCAACCACUAGAAAGUUAGAUGAUAUUUUAUACUAAUUAUCAUAUUAGUUAUCAUCAACCUAGUAGUCUAAGUAAUAUCUAAAAUAAUAACUCCCAUUAUUCUCUUGGAAAGAUGUUUUAAUAGAAGGAAACAUGA